CUUCGAAACAGCUCGGCACCUGGUGAAGAUCUUGUGAAACAGCACACCGGCCAGUUGCAAUGAUGGCACGUCUAGGCUGCGUCGUCCUCGUAGCGGUGGCGCUGCAGGGUAAAGUGCCAUCCGUGGACGCUUCCGUGGCAUUUAAGAUGACUCGUCUGAGCACGACGCACGAAGAGAUGUUUCUCCAGGCUCUCAACGACGAAGGUAAUAGCAGCAGCGCUAGUGGCGGCGGUGGCGUCGCGAAGACGAAGCUGCUGCUUGGUCAAGGCGUGCACUCUGUGGAAGUGUUCUUUGGUGGCCAGCCGCGUGUGCUCAUCGUGGACACUGGUAGCGCUGACACGGCGUUUCCAUGCUCGGACUGCACGAAUUGCGGCAACGGCCACUACAACACGUUCUACAACUUCACCAGUGGGUCGCGCUACGUGUCGUGCGAAGACAAUGCAGCAUGGGGGCUCACAUCAUGCAAAUCGUGCUCAAAGGAUGACAAGUGUGUGUUCGCAGAGCAGUACGUCGAAGGUAGCGGGUGGGAAGCCUUUAAGGUCAAGGACUCGUGCUACUUCGACCAGAACCCGAAUGUCGUGGCCGACGUCGUGUUCGGGUGCAUGCAUACCGAGAGCGGGGCAUUCUUGAGCCAGGAAGCGGAUGGAAUCAUGGGCAUGUCCAGGGACCCUGACGCGCUGUUUGUCCAGUUCUACGAACAUGGGGCGACCAAGAUGAAGGGCUUCUCGCAGUGCAUCUCCUCUACCGGUGGGCACAUGGUCUUAGGCGGGCUGGAUACGUCGGUGCACAAUCCCGGCGCCGAGAUGGUGUUUACGCCGCUGCGGACGACGGGGUAUUCAUACUGGACCGUAUCGAUGGAAUCGUUGGCUGUCGAUGGCCUCGUGGUGGACGUUCCCAGUAGCGUUUACAACCAGAACCGCGGUUGUGUGUUUGAUAGUGGCACGACGUUCGUGUAUCUGCCGAGCGCAGCCGCCGGCCCAUUUCAAUUGCAGUGGACGGCGGCGGUGUUAGCAGCUGGUCUUGACCAUGCCAAGUUUGCCCCAUACCGAGAAGGCGGUGAAUACGUGAUUCGGUCGCCGAGUGUGCUGCUCCAGUUGCCGACGUUGUCGUUCAAGUUUGCCAACAACGCUGUGAUGCAACUGCCACCGACACAGUACAUGGUGUACAAUGGCGACUUCAAGUACACUGCGACAGUGUUCUUUCAAGACUUUGCCCAUGCGACGAUCCUGGGCGCGUCCAUGCUAGCCAAUCACAACGUGCUGUACGACAUGACCAAUCACCGCGUCGGGUUUGCCGAAGCCAACUGUGACAGUGUGGACGCUGCGUACUACUCUGGCGUCACGGCCUUGCUCGUGACAGAUGUGGGUGGGGACACGUUUACGCCGGAGCAAUCAUACGUGCAGUGGUUGCUUCAAAUGCCGAGCUUGGCGGGGUUUGUGCUUGGCGUAGUGAUGUUGUUUGUGGGCAGAGAAGUGGUCGAUGUGGUGUCCAACGCGAUGACCAGAAACGGAAUGUUUGUAGAUGCGGUCGAAAUGAGUGACCAGCCUGCCACCAGUCGAACCACAUUCAUGGAGUUAUAGACGCGAUAUAUAUUAUAUAUAACACGAAGAAGACUGUUCAGUUA